AUGUCCGGUGGGAUAGAUACGCACACGCACUUGCAGAUGCCGUUCAUGGGAGCGUGUUCCGUCGACGACUUCUAUCAAGGGACCAAAGCAGCGUUGGCUGGGGGUACCACCAUGAUCAUGGACUUCGUCAUCCCGGAGAAGGGUGAGUCUCUGCUCGAAGCGUACAAGAAGUGGAGGAGCUGGGCGGAUGAGAAGGUCUGCUGCGACUACGCGCUGCACGUUGCCGUCACGUGGCUGGGGCCCUCUGUGAUGGAGGAGAUGGGGGAGUUGAGUGCUAACGAGGGGGUCAACUCCUACAAGAUGUUCAUGGCUUACAAGGGGGCGUUGCAGUUGGACGAUACUGAGCUCUACCAUGCAUUCCAGAAGUGUCGGGAUCUUGGCGCCAUCGCCAUGGUGCAUGCGGAGAAUGGAGACAUCAUUGCUGAGAACCAGAAGAAGCUGCUUGCUGGAGGGAUCACCGGCCCGGAGGGACAUCUUCUAAGCCGACCGGAGGAAGUCGAGGCCGAAGCGGUCAAUCGAGCCAUCACCAUUGCCAAUCAGGUAAACUGUCCUCUGUACAUCGUUCACGUGAUGAGCAAGUCUGCGGCAGACAUCAUCGUGCAGAAGCGCAACGACGGCUACCUAGUCUUCGGAGAGCCGAUUGCGGCCUCGCUGGGCACCGACGGGACUCACUACUUUAACAAGUGCUGGCGGCAUGCAGCCGGGCACGUUCUCAGCCCUCCCCUCCGACCGGAUCCUUCAACCCCUGGUCAUCUCAUGGAUCUUCUUGCUGCUGAUGGACUGCAGGUGACAGGGACAGACAACUGCACCUUCAACAGCAACCAGAAGGCCCUGGGGAAGGACGACUUCACCAAGAUCCCCAACGGGGUCAAUGGCAUCGAGGAUCGCAUGGCUGUCAUCUGGGAGAAGGGGGUCGUCACUGGGAAGAUGGAUCCUUGUCGCUUUGUUGCUGUCACUUCCACCAAUGCUGCCAAGAUAUUCAACAUCUUUCCCCAGAAGGGACGCAUCGCAGUCGGGUCGGAUGCAGACGUGAUCGUUUGGAACCCAAACGUCACCAGGACCAUCUCGGCUCAAACUCAUCACCAAGCUGUGGACUUCAACAUAUUUGAGGCAAAUUUCUUUUUUUUCUCUUGUGUCAUGGGAAUCUAUCGACCCAAUGCCACAUCUGCACGAAGGCAAGUAAUUUUCUGGUUAUUCAAGUUAUCAAAUCAAUGUAUUGUUUUGAUGCAGGGGAUGGAAUGCCAUGGCAUGCCCAUGUACGUCAUAGCUCGAGGGCGCAUCGUCGUGGACGAGGGGGAGUUGCGAGUCUGUCAGGGGUCUGGACAAUACGUCCCCACGCCUCCCAUGGCCCCAUACGUCUACAUGACGAUGCGGGAGAGGGAACGCCAGCGGGUCCCUCCCAAGGUAGAGCGAGAGGCUUAUGAGGGCCCGACCGGCGAUGGCAUCCACAUGUCACCCAGGAAGGACUACAUGAAUGGUCAUCAGGGAUCAGCCAAGGGACUCCACGAGCAGCACGAGAAUGGGAACGAGCAGCAUUUCUACACGCGGGGACCCACUCAAUCCGGUGGGCGGAACCUUCAAGACUCCACUUUCUCCAUUUCUGGAGCCCAAAUUGAUGACAAUUUGCCGAGACGAUCAGGCAUCCGAGUCCACAAUCCACCCGGUGGCAAAGCGUCUGGAUCCUUUUGGUGAAAGGUUCAAAAUGCACUUCUUUCUUCGGAUGAUAUGGCUAAAAGACAGAACCGAAAAUGCUUGUGAGACGAAAUUUGCAGUGAUUUUUUUUUGCUGUCGUUGGAUAUAUCGAAGAAUGCAGUGAACUCGUUUGCACUCUCCUCAGUGCCCUUUACUCGUUUCAAUCGUCCAUAGAGAAGUGAGUGUGGGUGAGAGAUGGAUCAAAUGUCGGUGUCUUCUUUUUUUUGCAUUCUGCGUUCAUACAAAUAAAGCUUCGUUUGGUUGCUGAUCAA